AUGUUUGCGAGGACUUUUAUCUGCUCCGGGUGCAAGCGCCCUGUGCCUUUUCGGCUAAUACGACAGCCGCAGUCUCAAUACCUCCAUGCAUCGCCAGCAUUGGGUCUUCCACGUCGGAAAGACUUCUUCUCGUCCAACGCCUAUUUAACGCAACGACAGGCAAAUUCGAACGAAGACACUGAAGGCCCCGCGGAGAAUCAAAAGCAGCGACGCCGGAGUGCUAGGUCUCCAGCUGCGGGCACAUCUUUGCGCCGAGUGGCUGUCGAGGCACAAAGAUCCCGGGAUGGGAUGAUCUCCAAGGCCCGGCUCAUGGAGCAGGGCAUCCACCAGACCAAGAUAAUCACUGCUUAUGCUGUCGCCGAGCAAUUCGAUAUUCGCCGAGUUCGAGAUAUUCUGCAGGAGAAAGGCUAUGAGCCGGAUCCACUGGGCACAGGUCUCUUUCCACAAGUCGUGCACGUCCAAAUACCUAUCGACGCGAUUCGAAGGGUCGGAAACCCAUCAACAACCGAUCUAGGGUCCGAUGAGGUUGGCGACAUCUUUGUCUUCCCGUCCGGCACGGUCGUAGCAUGGGCUCUGCCGGAGGGCUUCACCUCAUUCCUUGCCACGAGGACACUUCUUCCCGCAGCCCAGAAUGCCCACGUGGAGGAACUCGAAACCGAAGACCUCGAAUAUAUGGAAGAUCCGUCACGGGAAAACAGCAGCAUCAAGGGCGAUACCAUCAUCCUCGGCACCAAGAACGGAGGCCAAGGGCCGGAGCAGCCUUUAGCCCAGCAACAAUCUAUCGACACCGUCUUGACUAAAGUCGCGUUCUCAUCGGGACUGGCUCGAAGUACUAAACUUGCCGUUCUUGAGAGUCUGUUGGCGAAUUACUUCGAGUCCACGCGUACUAUCCCUACCCAAUUGUCUAAGGGCUCCCGCCUUCCCUACACUCGCGACUUCAUCCUUCGCAAGACCGGACAGCUCCUCAGUGUGCGCGCACAACUGAACUUAUACUCAGAACUUACCGACUCUCUGCCAGACAUUUUCUGGGACAGUCGUCACGAACUCGGUCUCGAAGGGUACUACGAGCAAGUCGGCAGGGCUUUGGAUGUCGGGAUCCGUAUCAAGCUCUUGAAUGAAAAAAUGGACUACGCGCAGGAAAUCGCGAGCGUUUUACGAGAGCGACUUAGUGAAACCCACGGCCUUCGGUUGGAGUGGAUCAUCAUCUUGCUCAUUGCCGUGGAGGUCGGCUUCGAAGUUCUCCGGCUCUGGAAAGAAAGAGUCCACGAGCAAGAGAAGGCCAAAGAUACUGCUUCAACUUCCUGA